CCACCUCUCGUUCGCAGGCUCUCGCUGUACGAUGCCUCUUGCCAGAUCGCCCAGGAGAUCGCUGAGAAAAUCCAGGAGCGUAACCGCUACCAAAGGAACGGGGAGAGUUCAGCCAAGCUCAAUGUGGUUAUCAGAUCGUCGUUGCAGAAUCUCCGAGAGAAGAUCGAUCAGCUGAAGGACUUGCUGCUUCGGGCUGUAUCAACACACCAAGUCACACAGCUGGAGGGAGACAGGAGGCAGAAUUUGGUGGAUGAUCUUCUCACACGGCAGAAACAACUUCAGGCAUCUUACAAGAAUGAAGGCCCAGAACCAGACAUGAUAAG